UUGCAGAAAGGUUUGACCUUUGAAUUGGAGCUAUAGUGUUCGUUCCUAUUGCUACAUUGGCAGCUUUUGGGUCAGAAAUGUUCACAGUUGUCUUCAUCUGAAACGAGUCAAUCAACUGUAUACCAUCACCGUCAAUCAUUGAGAACUUCAGCAUGUACUACAAAUCUGGAUCAAAGCUAGAUUAACCUCUCAUAUGGUUUUUGCCAAUUGUCAUUUUUGAAGGCUAUGACAGUUUAUGCCAUCAUCCAGUGUUACUAUUUGGAGAAGAUUGCUGAUCAAAAUAAUAGAAGCAUGUACAUCAUCACAAAUAAAACAAAAAAAUUGGGAAGCGACAGUCAAUAUAACUUUCAGAGAAAGAAGGCUUGCAUUCAAUCGCUUUUGUGAGAAAAGAACCCCUCUUCCGGUAAUUGAAUGAGAUUCAACGGCUUAAACUGAGUUAUCAGGGACUUAAGAUGAAAUCAAAUUAUCAAAUAUGUGUUGACACGGAGUCAAAUAUCUAACCGCAUACCGAUUUACAUCAACUGCCUUUUUUCAAUGGCGUUAAGCACCCAAACAGCCUCUGCAUCUUUUCUUUCGAAUGAAUCAGCUCCUCGAUGGAAGUAUGACGUGUUUUUGAGUUUCAGGGGUGUAGACACCCGCAAGGGCUUUGUAUCCCAUUUACACCAUGAAUUGUCCAAGUGCCAAGGAAUUACGACUUUCAUGGACGAUCGAGAGCUUGAAGGAGGAACAAGUAUUCAUCUUGAGCUCCCAAGUGCGAUCAAAGAAUCGCAUAUUGCAAUUGUUGUUCUCUCACCGAACUAUGCUUCUUCCAAAUGGUGCUUGGACGAACUUACAACCAUUCUUCGAUGCAUGGAAUCCAGGAACUCAGUUCUGCCGGUCUUUUAUCAGACAGAUCCAUCUGACGUCGGAAAUCAACGGGGAUGUUUUGCCGAAGCCUUUACGAAGCAUGAACAAAAUUCGAGCAGUACCGAAGAUAAAGAGAAGGUGGUCCAAUGGAAAGCUGAUCUAAAAAAAGUGUCCAAAAUUUGUGGUUGGCACUCGAAGGAAUCUAAGAGUGAAAGUGAGAUUAUACAACAACUCGUCAAAAGUGUGUGGAGGAAACUGCAAGCUACAUUCCCAUUGUUAGAUUCCCCACAGGAGUUGGUUGGGGUUAAUUUUGGGCUUGAGCAACUAAGUUCGUUGUUAGCUCAUGAUGUCAAUGAUGUUCGCUUUAUAGGGAUAACGGGGAUGGGUGGCAUUGGUAAGACAACCCUUGCUAAGCUUGUUUAUGAUAGAAUCUUCCAUCAUUUUGAAGUUCACUGCUUUCUCGGCAACGUUAGAGAGGUUUCUAACGUUGAUCUUCAAAAAAGACUUCUUUUCCCGGUGUUGAGGGAAAAGAUCGAAGAAAUUUGGGAUGAAGAGCACGGAAUCAUUUUCAUUAAGAAGUGCUUACACAACAAAAAGGUUCUUCUUGUACUUGAUGAUGUGGAUCACAUAAACCAACUACAAGUACUAGCUGGAAAAGAAGAUUGGUUUGGCAUGGGAAGCAGAAUUAUCAUUACAACUAGAAAUGAACGUCUGCUAGUCGAGCAUGGCAUAACAUUAUGUCAUAAUGUUGAGGUGUUAAAUGAUGAUGAGGCUCUUGCACUGUUUAGCCUGCAUGCCUUUAAGAAAAAUAUGCCCGAGGAUGGGUUUUUGGAACUGUCUAAGUGUUUCAUUAAAUAUGCUGGAGGCCUUCCAUUAGCUCUUAAAACUUUUGGGUCGGCAUUGUUUAAGAGAGGGCUAGAUUUUUGGAAUAGUACACGGGAUAAUCUGUCAAAAAUUCCUAAUACAGAAAUUAUUCAUAAACUUAAAAUAAGUUAUGAUGAACUAGAAGAGAUGGAGAAGAGCAUUUUUCUUGAGGUUGCAUGUCUCCACAAAGGGAAGUACAGAAUGGAAGUAAUUGAAAUACUAGAUAUUUCUUUUGGAAUUUCUAGUAGUACUAUGAUAGAUGUACUAAUUGAGAGAUCUCUCCUCUAUCAAGAUCGCAACAAUCGCAGUGAUCGCAACGAAUAUAUAUGGAUGCAUGACUUGAUACAAGAUAUGGCACGUGAAAUUGUUCGUCAAGAGUCUAAAGAGCCUGGUCAGCGCAGUAGGUUGUGGCUUUACGAUGACAUCGAUCAGAUAUUUAGGAAGAAUAAGGGAACGGCAGCAAUUGAAGCCAUAUCCUUACGCUUGUCCAACGUAGAAGAGGUGCCCCAGUGGAAUUGUGAAGCCUUCUCUAAGAUGGAGAGACUGAGGUUUUUGGAAUUCAAUAAUUUGAUCUUUUCUUCAGGCCCAAAAUCUCUUCCAUGUUCCUUGAGAAUUAUAAAUUGGAGUUGGUAUCCUUCUAAUUUUCUUCCAACAAGCUUUCGCCCGCACUUGCUUGGUAAACUUGAGAUGCGUAAUAGCAAUCUUGUUCGUUUUUUGGGGGGAAAAGUGGACUUGCCCAACUUGAAACAUAUUGAUCUUAGAUGCUCCAAUAAAUUGAAGAAUACCCCAGAUUUCAAUGGUCUUCCAAAUCUUGAGAAUUUGGAGCUUUCCGCUUGUAAGAAUUUAGUUGAGAUACAUCCGUCUAUUGCAGUCCUCAAAAGACUUAAAGUUUUGCAACUUGAUGGCUGUGAAAGCAUUAAGAGCCUCCCAAGUAAGGUUGAAAUGGAUUCUCUUGUAGAUUUCAAUCUUGGUGGCUGCUCAAAUGUGAAAACGGUUCCAGAAUUUGGGGAGCAGAUGAAGAAUUUAUCCUCGCUCACGUUAGACAACACUGCGAUCGAGAAAAUACCUUCAUCAAUUGGACAUGCGGUUGGCCUUAGUUAUUUGUUUCUACGGAAAUGCAAAAAUCUCUUGUACCUUCCAAGGGCUAUUUGUAAUUUGAAGUCUCUUUACCAUCUCAAUGUGAUUGGAUGCUCAAAGAUUGACAAACUCCCAGAAGACAUGGAUCACUUAUCGUGGCUUACAGUGGGACCCACUAUGACAAAGCCGUUUGUGGGUAUGAAAAAUCUCAAAGGUCUAAUAUUUACGAGAAAUUAUGACAUGGUUUGGAUGAAUAAUGUUAAAGCCACUUAUGGAUCAAAUGGUACAGCAAGGGAUGGGUGGGGCCUUCGCCGCUUAUUUGGACUUGAAAAGAGUCCCCCUGAUCCUCCUCUUUGUUGGCAUUUGGUGUUGUCUUCUCUAAAUCGUUUAUGCUCUUUGACAUACUUAUGUCUAGAUGAUUGUAAUCUCCAGGAGGGGGAUAUCCCCGAUGAUAUUGGCUCCUUGACCUUAUUGGAAACAUUGUAUCUCUGCAGAAAUAAUUUCCUCAGUCUACCUGAAAGCAUUAGACACCUUUCUAAGCUUAGGGAUCUUCAUCUGGAGGGGUGUAAAAGCCUUCAAAAAUUGCCACCUCUUCCAUCAAACAGAGGAUUAACGGUAGAUCUGGACAAUUGCACUUCCUUACGAAGUUUGUCAGGUGCAUUCAAUUUGUAUUUUGCUAGUGUCACUUGCCGGAAUUGCAUUGCAUUGGUUCCAGAUGAAGACUUGAUCAAUAGGUUUCUGAAAUCUGUCAUUCAGGGAUCGAAAAUUGUAAUCCCUGGAAGUGAAAUUCCAAAGUGGUUCAAUAAUCAGAGUGUGGGACAUUCAAUAAAUGUGGAGCUUCCUCCACCAUCAUGUACCAACUGGCUUGGGAUUGCCUUGUGUGUUGUUUUUCAAUACCAAGACCCUUUACAAAAUGUGGAGCUUCCUUAUUGUCGUCUCAGAAUUCACUGUCCAGUGGAACUUGUUAGCCCUGAAAGACUUGACCCAGAAUACCCUUGGACUACCUUAUUAUUACCGUCUCUUGUGUCAGAAAACCUUUGGUUAUUUUAUUUUCCUCGUCAAUAUUGUUUGCCUCGUGCAGAUUGUCAUCAAGUACAGUUUUUAUUCGGAAUUGACUUUCUUAAUAUUGGUUGGAGAGAACUAAAAGCAAACUUGAAUAUGGUGAAGAAGUGUGGGGCUCGUUUGGUGUACGAGCAAGAUUUGAAAGAACUCAACCAAAAACUACUGAAACGAACAUGCGAAUAUCGUGACGAGGCAGCUCCAAGUGGACCCGGAAGUGCUAGUUUCAACGACACAAAACAAAUUUGCAAAAGGCGUUGUAACUAGUCACCAUGUCACAAAAAAUGCAAAUUACUUGGGCAUUAAGAAGAUUGACUAACAAUCUGAUCAUCUUGCCUAAUGCAACAAGUGGGUACCUUGGAAACUCGCAACGCCAUGGGGGCUGCUCUGUCAGUCGAGAUCUUAAGGUUCAUUUUCUGAAGACGCCAUUAGCAUUAACAUGUAAACCAGGGGUUGAAUUCAAACUUCUGUACUCUGGCAGAAAUUGAUUUGUUUCUGUCUGAUUUUGUAACCAAUGCAAACUUGUAGUCCAGAAACAGAAACGUUGCUAAGGAAACAACACUUUUUGCUCAA